AUGCUCGCAGACAACGUCAAGAUGCAGGCAGAGGCCCCAGAUUGGCAGCAGCACUUAAUCAGUCUCGACGACGCCAUCGUAGCAGCAUUUGAACGCAGAGAACGACAACGGCAGCAAGAGCGCGAAGCUGCAGUGAAGCUGGCGGUCACACGAGGGAAGACAGCCCAGCUGGCAGCGAGUGAGCACCAGGGACCUCCUACCCCACCUGCCACACUCAAACAGAUGCAAGCCACACGGAGGAGCCUUGCUCAAAAGGCGCGCAGAGCGAGAGAGCGAGCUGCCCAGGGUCAGCUUCAAGAUUCCAACCUGCCCACAUCGAAUGCUGGGGCACCUCCUCCAUCAAAUCGAAGCCUUGCACAGCGUGCGCGUCGAGAGCGCGAAAGAGCUGCACGAGAGGGCAUUCACCAAGACCAGCAAGUGCAGGAGCCAAAGGCACCUCAGCCAUCAAACCGAACUCUUGCACAACGUGCGCGGCGGGAGCGGGAACGAGCUGCUCAACACGGAAACGAACAAGGUAUGCCAACUGUUACCUUUCUCUUUGAUAUUGUGCUCUUCCAUUUCAUUGAGCUGCAAUUUACGCAUGUUUGA